GCGCCAACACUUUCCAUUUAUAUCCAAUUUCCCCUCUCUGGAUAAUAAUCAGAAAAUCAAAAUUUCGUCUCCAACCCAAACCCCCCUCUCAUCUCCCUCCACCUGUCCCAAUCUCCCCAAAAUCUCAUUACAAAAGCGCAGAAAAAAUAACAGAACCGGAGACCCAACCUAACCGCUGUAAUAGAUAUACUUCUCCCCCUAUCCAUUUGCCUCGUUUUUAGCAAUCCCCAAUUACUCUCCAACUUUUCCAAUUCCUCCCCUCCCUCCCUCCUCUGUUGACUGCACCACCUCAUAUCAAUCUUCUUCUUCCUCCUCCUCUCAAAACCCGAUUUUUUUUUCAAGAUGAUGAGAAGGCAGCAGCAGCAUCAUCAUCAAGAUCAACAAUCGAGGGUGUUCUACGAGCUUUCCACUCUCGUCCUCAGCCUCCUCCGAUCCCCGCCCACGCCGAUUCAGUUUUCCGAUCAGUCUGCGGCGGUUGCGUCCAUGAAUUCUGGUUCACAGCAGCCGAUGAUGACGAUGACCGGCUCUUCGUCUAGGAGGGUGGCGGCUCCGGCGGCGCAGAUCUCGCCGGCGGGGUUCGCGUCGCUGAUGCUUGGGAUUUCGAUGGCGCUGAUGCUGUGUGGAUCGGUGACGUUCUUUAUUGGGUUCUUGCUGAUGCCGUGGGUGUUGGGGUUGGUUAUGGUGUUUUAUGUGGCCGGAGUUGUGUCUACUCUAUCUGUUCUGGGGAAGUCGAUUCUUUGUUACGCCUCGCCACCGCCGCCGACGUCCCCGCGGAAGGAGAUACCCGCAUGGAAGUUAUAGUGAUCAAGAGGAGAGGAGGUGUUACACGAGAAAGAGUUGAUAUGUUUAUUGAAAGGGGCAGAGCAGAGCAUCUGAAACGCUGUUGCGAGUGGAGUGCUGCAUAUAGGAGGAACAAAUGAAUGUAUAGGCAAUUCAGGAUGAAAUUAUAUAAUGGAUCGAUCAAGCUGAGAGAUCUUGAAGUAUGGGUGAUGCAUGAACAGUGGAUAAUGUUUUUAUUAAUGUUCUACUGAGUAUGUCGAUCAUAUGGCUUCUAAUAGUGAAUUGUUCAAGGAUAUCAUCAUGAUAUUAAGUACCACUUCUUUUCCACCCAAAUACAAUGAAUUCAUACUUGUGAGGAGAGAUGGGAGGGAGGCUGUUCCAGUAAAUAUCACUAUUCUCUUUAGUUCUCAGAUUUGUAAAACUUAUUCCUUUUGUCAUUUUUCUGGUAAAGGAUCAGUCACUGUCUUCAGACUAUGAUUCAUGCUCUUC